AUCCUGCUGCUUCUUCCACAAAUAACAAGUAUGAAUGAAUAAACUCUGUUACUGGAACACAAAGAACCUGCAAACCAACUCCUCCGUCCAGUCAGAACCUUCCUAGUUUAACCAAAACCAGACUGUGCUUGUCUCCAGUUCUGUGCCUGAAACGUCUCAUUACAGUCAAAGUGUGAUGAAAGACAACAAGGCGCCUUUUAAAAGCUGCUGUGUUUAUUACAUGUUUCACUUUGUUUUCUCAGAGACUUUGGUUAAAAUGUCUUGAGCUGCUGGUGAAGAAGAAGCUUUAAACAAACAUGGAGCAGAGCAGCAGCUGAUCUCUGGAGCUCAUGAACGACAUGAACAGGAAGAAACACACUGUAGAAAACAGAACAGAGCCUGCUGAACACGUGACGGUCCAGCUGCUGCUCAGCUGCUAUUUCUGGAUCCACAUGGUUAAACUACAGAUACAGAAGCUGAGCUGAAGGAGGAACACGUGGAGCACACACACCUUAUGUAACGCACACACACCGACACACUGCGGCUGCGCGGCUCUCGGCUCCACGAACACCGCGACGGUCCCUGAACGCGGCUUCGCGGAAACGGAAGACGAGUUGCGGACGGUCCCCGAAGUUUCUGAUGAAAUCGGCAGCUGGAGCUAGCGGAGCUAACCGACGUAGCUAACCGACGGUCAGACGGAGCCACACGGCGGUCAACCGGCCCUCUGAAGCAGUAUCAACACCGGGAGAAAGGAAACCGGACACGGAAGCGAGUCUGUGGCGGUUUUGCAUCAUAUUUUGUUAUCUUUCGUCGGAUCUCUGCCGACUGACCGUCGAGCUAAUUAGCUCCUUGUGCUAAGCUAAAGUGCUAACCGCCGUCGCCCCGAAGGAGACCUCCCAGCGCCGCCUUCUCCCGGAGACUGAAAUCAGACAGAAUGGCUCGUUUGUCGUCCUCGCUCCUGGGUCUUUCUUCGCUCCGUGACUCCCCCGUGCUCUGCCCCUCCGUGUGUCCCGGCUCCGAGUUCUCCACCAGGAAGAAGUCCAACCACCAUUCUCAGCUCCCCGCCGCGGUCAGCGCCGCGUUCACGGACGAUGUUUCCUGGCUGUCCUGCGUGUCUGCCGGUCGGUAUGUGUUCUAGUCCGGUCCAGACCGAGGUUCUGUAGAGGCCCGGCGUGAGUGAAGCAGAGCACCGACAGUUGGUGCUGCUGAGCCGGACUGAGCCGCGGCAGUUUGACAGCUGUCACCGCAGAGGACCGCCUGUCUCCGGGUCACGGUAGAGUUGAGCUCAGUUCGUAUCAGAAAAGUAGAUUUUUGCACUUCAAGUUGAUAAAAUGUUCAGAAAUAUGAAUAGUGAAGGCCCUUUAUCCGGCGGACACAGCCCGUCCUCUUCGCCCGGCCAUGGCGUCUCCUCCUCCGGGCUUGUUAGCCAGGAAAGCUCGUGGAUUCGGCUGCUGUCCAGGCCCGCGCUGGCCCUCCUGCAGAGGAUCCUGCCGGGCCCGCGGCUCCGGAGCCCGGCUCUGGCUGAGAAGGGCUCCGGUUGGCUCACCGCGGAUUUAAACAGCAGCUUUGUUAGUGAAGAAACUGAGUUUUUGCGACAGCUGGAUGACAUGAUGCCGCACCCGCCUCCCCUGGCCUACCUGCGAUGUGACCCCGGCGGCGGCCUGCUGGAGCCGCGGCCCGGCGGCGCUGCGGGCUGGAUGGCCGCCCACUCUCUGCGGGAAUCAGGCCUCCAGAGCGAGGCCGAGUUGGACCUAAACCUCUGCCACCACACUCAGCUCGGAUAUUUCUCUUAUGUCAGGACUCUUAUGAACCAGGUUCUGCUGAGCUCUCCGGAGAUGAAGCCCCCCGGCGGCAGCGACUGGGCGUCGGAGGCCGGCAGCCCCCCAGCCAGCAGCGGCGCCGGCCGGGGCUGGUGGGGCAGCUUGUGGGGGGCCGAGGAGGGCUCGCAGAGGGGGCUGUUGUCAGAGCUGCCCUGGGCUGAGGACGGGCUGGCUCCGGGCCGGCUUUGUCCUCCACCUGCAGAGACAAAGGUGUUUGUCCCCAGCAGAGACUGGGCGCUGGGAGAAGGCUCUGGACCGGGCCGCCACAAAGGGCCACUGGCCCACAAAGCAGGCCUCCACACCGUCCAGAACACGGAGGGGUCUGGGCCAGAUCGCCACCUCAGCAUCAGAACCCAGCUGAACAGUUUCGGAGCCGCCUGCAGCGAGGUCACGGUUCUGACCCGCGAGCAGGACCACGGUUACUGCAGCCUUGAGGAGGAGCAGCUGAAGGCCCGAAGCCCCGAGAGCUCUGCUGGGAUGGAGGAGGUCUGCGAGUCGGGGGAGGUGGAAGAGCCCCAGACGGCCCAGCAGGGCGGGCCUGGGGGGGCCUCGGGUCCCAGCCCCCCCCAGUGCCAGAACAAAGCCAUCGCCUUCAUCAUGGGCUGCCCCUGCAGCGACGACGACAGCAGCCAGUCAGACAGCGGCGGCGAUGACGGCUUCGACAGCGAGGGCUCGUCCGACCUGUCCGACUCCACGGACGACGACUCGGACUCGGAGGUCGACUUGGAGUCGGACCGUCUGUGGAGCUCCCUGUGCCAGAGCCAGGACCCGUACAACCCCCAGAACUUCACGGCCCAGCUGCAGAGUGGCAGUGGGCCCCGGUCCAUCCCCACCUCCACGCCGCCAUCCUCCGCCCAGUCCUCCCCGGCCUCCUCCCCCACCGCCUCCCCCCUGCUGCCCGCCUCUCCGCCCUCCGGACUUGACGUCUGGGACGACUCGGCGUCGGCCAGCGAGACAGACGAAGCCGAAAGCCUCCGUCUGUGGAGCUCCUUCAGCUCCUCCGACCCCUACAGCCCCUUCAACUUCCAGGCUCCACUCAGGACUCGGGGGCCCGCCGACGCCCCCCACGGAGCCCAGGUCUGGGGGAAGGAGGCCUCGUCGACGCCCCGGGUCCCUCCUCACCAUCGACCGGCGUCUGCCCCCCGAUACCGGAGGGAGGAGGCUGAGGAGAGGCUGGACAGCGGCUUCUCUGAACCGUCCAGAACUCAGAGCUGCAGCAAGAAGGUCCGUUUCUGCGACCACGUUGAGGAGUUCUUCACCAGCGGCGGUGAGGACGAGGACCGCCGAGGCCCCUGGGAGGAGUUUGCUCGUGACCGCUGCCGCUUCCUGCGGCGCUGCCAGGAGGUGGAGCAGAGCAUCGCGUACGUGCUGCAGCCGCAGCAUCGCCGCAGCGUGCAGCAGCGCAUGGCCGCCCUCAGCCUGCAGGACGCAUGAAGAGCUGCAGUCUGUGUUUCUGCAGGUUUUAGCUCAAUGCAGCGAGCUUCAGAAGUGACUGAGGAGGUCAGAGAGCAGCCGAGACGUGGCGUUACGCUGUGGUUAGGGUGUUAAGGUGGUGUUAGGGUGGUGUUAGCCUGUUAUUAAGGCGGUGUUGGGGGAUCACUGUGAGGAACCUGGAGGAGGUUCACAGUCAAACGUCUGCAGCGCCCAGACUUUCAGUAUUUCAGAAACAAGCUGCUGCUUCACUGCGGCCUGGUUCUGGCUCAGAGCGAAGGAAGAUGUUCCGCUGGUUUCGUCCCACCUGCAGCGUUUUCUGUGAUAAGUUGGUAAAAAUGGGUUUCAGGUCCAGUGAGACGUCCAGUCGUCUCCAGACUGAAGUAAAUGUGACGCUCAUCACUUUGUUCUGAGUCCAGUGGUCCGACUUCACUAUUGUCCAAAACAGAAGAAUGAAAGCCUCUCAUUCAGGACGUUUGCUGGAAAUAUUCUCAUUUAAAAGACAAAAAUCAGCACAAGUGAUUCAAGGUUGGUCUGAUGGAAGAUGUUCCUGAAUCGUCAGCUGCAAGUGUGUUCAUUAAACUAAUUAAUUCAGUUGAUUCAUCUGUCUGACAUAUUUUAAAAUUAAAUCAGUUAAACUGUGACUGCAGCUUCCUCAGUGGAUGCUUUCUGGUUUCUGUAAACUGAACAUCUCUGGACGGAACCAGACAUCUGAGGAACCUCUGAUCCACGUGUUUGUUAUUUAGAGACAAACCGCUGAUUGAUUGAUGCUUUCCUGUUAAAGGAUCAAUAACGUAGCCCUCCUGUUGAUCAGCAGCUUCAUCAGACAGGAAGCAGCUCAGAGCUGCUCUGAGGCUCUUUGUGUUGCUGUUUUCUCUUCAAAGCCAAAGAUGACGUGUGCCAGUGUCAAUAAUCAAUAAUCAGUGUUGUGCUAAUAAUCAGUGUGUGAGCUGAACGUCCAGCAGGAGGCGCUGUUCCACCCACAGCAGCUCAGACUACGAACUCUGGAGCAGAAGCGAGACGAGUGCUUCUCACAGCUUCACUCCUUUACUCUGGUGUGUGUUUGGAUUGAACACCAGAGCCUGAACGUCCAGAUGUUCUCAUCCAGAUGUGCUCCUCCAGAUGUGCUCCUCCAGAUGUGCUCAUCCAGAUGUGCUCAUCCAGAUGUUCUCAGUGUUGCUGCUUCUGUGUGAUGAACUCAUAAGCAGCGUGUGAGCUGGGAGCAGAAGCUGCAGAGACGCUCUGAGUUCUAAACGAGUCUUUAUGAUUAAAAGCAGGCGGCUUGAUCCUCAUGUUUACCAUAAAAACAGUGAGAACACGGAGACACAGCAAAGAACAGAUGCAGGACAGGUGUAGGUUACUGUGUUUUAUUUGAAUUUGUAAAACAUCCGUGACAGAACCGGGUCAGAGGAGAACUUCAGAAUCUCAGCUGCUGGACGUUCAGCUCUAAAGAAGGUUUGUGCAGGAACCACAGCGACACGCUAACACGUGUGUUGGAAGCUACAGGAUGCACACGUGUUGGACUGGAACCACACGAGAAGCUACGGUGAUGUUUGAGUCAGAAAAGCUUUUUAUUUUUCUAACGCUUGUUUGUUUGGUGGAAACUUGCUCUGCUUCAUCGUCUGCUCAGAUCAAUAUGGAAUAAAGUCGAUAUUUAAUGAUC